AUGGCGCAGUCGAACGGCACGCAGCUGGCCAUCAUCCUCUCCCUGUUCUUCUUACCAAUCCUGACCUAUCUGUACUUCACAAGGGCCCAACCAAAGAAGAGCAACGCCGGACCGCUUCCUCCGCCGACUGAGAUCACGGCUCUGUACAUCCACCCUAUCAAGUCCUGCCAUGGCAUCAAAGUGCAGUCAGCAAAGCUGCUUCUCACGGGACUUGAUCUCGAUCGACAGUGGAUGUGGGUGACCGCAGAUGACUACAAGUUCCUAACGAUCCGUCAAAACGCCAAAAUGACCUUGAUCCGUCCAAGCUACGACGCAGAAACCGACAUCCUGACCGUCACAGCCCCAGCACCAAACUCCAUUGACGAGAAGCUGGAGUUCAGUAUUCCCGCCCAUCCAACCUCAGAAUGGCUCGCCUCCAACACCGAACGCCACGAGGUCGAGAUCUGGAACCAGUCAACACCAGCCCAAGUAUACUCGACCAAGCUCACGGGACCCUUCAACGACUUCUUCGGCAGACAAGUCCGCCUCGUGUACAAGUCACCAGAAUGCCCAGAGCCACGCGCACUACGCUCAAACGGCGCCGCCGAGCUCCUAGGCCGAAACGCAUCAACCUGCUUCCCCGAUCUGAUGCCCGUACUCGUAGCUUCACAGUCCAGCAUCGACGAACUCAACAGCCGGAUCCGCUCGGCCGAGACCAGCGAGCUCGAGCUCGAGCUCGACGUGCGGCGCUUCCGGCCCAACGUGCUCGUGCGCGGGCAGCCCUCUGCACCGUGGGAUGAAGACCGCUGGAAGACGCUGCGCAUUUCCUCCGCCGGCAAGACGGUCGCGGACUUGGAUGUCACGCAGCGCUGUGCGCGGUGUCACGUGCCGAAUGUGGAUCCCGAGACGGCCGAGGAGCAUAAGCGGCAGCCGUGGGACACGCUGAUGAAGUACCGCAGGAUCGAUGCGGGCAUCACGUACAAGCCCUGUUACGGUAUGUUGUGUGUGCCGCGCGAGGGCGCGGAGAUUAAAGUUGGGAUGCAGCUGGAGGUUACGGAGGUUACGGAUCAGCAUCGGUACAAGGCUGGGUUUUAG